CGCAGAAAGCUCAACGAUCUCAUCGUCGCAAAAAUGGCAGACAAUCAAGGGAUCAAAGAGCGACCUUCCAAGCGGUCUCUUACACCCAACAAGGCCCUCUAUGCUUCGUUCAACGAAGCUCAUCGACACAUUGCUCCUCCGACUCCCAAGAUCCCUAUUGAGUUCGAUGGACAUCUAGGCGAUGAAGAACAGCUCACAGAGGAGCAAGUCGAAGACAUUUUAAGUGCCUCCAACGAAUCCUCUGCCCAGUCUCAAGACUCCAAGGAUCAGAAGGUACCGAAGAGCCUAGAGCUACUUGCCGAACCGGAUGCAUCUGGCCACCAGCACAAGUUCGACAAGCAAGCUUCGCCUUCUGCUGUCGAGUCCCAAACUCAGACGACGGACCAAGGCCCUCAAAGAUCUGCCUCUCCAUACCUGUCGGAUGGUGAGAAUGCCUUCAUCGACUGUUCGAAUUCGUCCUUUCAGGAGUCCAAGGAGCAGCAUGACCGACCAGAUUCUAUAGAUGAUCCUUUCAACAGCCAGCAUGCCGCCACGGAGUACCCAGAUGCUUCCUCAUUCUACCCAGAGGAUGGCGAUGACUACAGUCUAGCCUCCACUGACACCGGUUCAAUGAACAGAAUCAAGGUUGAGCCAAAGUCUUCGCCUAUUUUGGCCUCUUCCCCUAUUCUUUCUCCUCCACUUGCAGCAAGUCCAUCAUGGCACACCGAGGAAGCGGACCAGUCUUCCCACAUUGACGACGUCGUCAAGAAAGAGAUUCCCUCUGGCUAUUUCAACACUACUCACCUUUCUGGCUUGAACGGAACCCAAUACCCCAUCUUUAUUGAUCACGAAGCUUUACAGCCGGGCAACCAGAGCAGCCACUUCCCUAUCUUCAUUGAUCGGGGUGUUCUUCCUCCUCCCUCAAUUCCCACUGACCAGCCUAUUCCCACAAUUGAGCAAGCACCUCAGUCUGAUUCCAACUAUGAUGGGGAUGCUUCUGAGUAUUCUGACGACAAGGUCACCUGCCAGGACAAAGGGAAGGCUCCAGUCAAGUUGUUGAACCCCUUCCAUGCUUUCUCCAAUGCAUCUUCUCAUGCUUCGGAUCACAAUGUCGAGCAGUCUGAGCCUGGCAAAGAGAAGGUCUUUCUACGCCCCCAUGCCGAGAAGGAAGUUUCUCGUGCUCUUCACCACGUUACUGGACUCAGCCAGCCAUCCAGUGGUCUCAUCGGCCGUGUUCGCCAAUCGCACCUCCAGAGCUCACGUCAGUCACCUUGCCAUAGCAACUCUGAUCAGCAAAAGAAAGACUUCUACCAUGCUCCAGCUAUUCAGCCCGACUGGCAGAUCACACAAUCUGGCAUCAAGGUCCCUGUCCCUGUUCCUGCCCCUUACACCGUAGAUGAGAUUGGUAUGCAAGCAACAGAGCCCUACAACGCCAUCGAUCACACGCGCAUGGCUACAAUUGCCUCAGAGGAUGCAGAAGAGCGCACUGGCUUAGAGGGAGAUGAAGACUGGCGAACUGUCACUGAUGACCGCGAGUACCCUACUGGCUUUAUGGGCAGAGUCAUGACUGGUAGCAGCAUUGCCAACGUCUCAGAUGCACUUUUGGUACAACAUCAACAACAGCAUUCUGUCGGCCAUCACACUGCUUGCAACAAAGGCCGAGAACCCUCCACCACCAGGGCCAGAGCAUGGUGGGAGAAGUCUACUCCUCUACCGUCAAUCCCGUCUCGUUCCGCCUCUCCUUCCUACCCAUCGCCUCCUGCGUGCGCACUACAGAAUAGACGGCGAAUACAAGAUGGCUGGGAUGAGAUCGAGCUUGACCCUAUGCCAGCUCCCUACCCAGACUUCUCUUGGGAUCGUGUCCAAAACAACCGAGCACAGUAUGACGAAGAGGCAGCACAGCCCAGUCGCAACGAGUUCGCCAACCUGCCCUUCCCCUUGGUCCCCCGUGAGGACGCAGCCAGGACUCAAGCUUUCCGUCGCGCCAGCGGCCUCGAGGACCAUACUCUCUCAGGACAAAUCGUCUCUCCCGGUCUGCCUUCUUCCUCAAACGGCGGUAGCCACGUCUACCCUCGCCCCGCCUUGAGAAAGAACUCUGCCAGAUCCUUCUUCUCCCGCACUGAGAACCCAGGCAUCGAUCGUCGCACUAUCUUCAUUGACCUCGGCUCCAAACCUUUCCCGCCUCCUUUUAAGAUCCCGUUCGAAUCCCUGUUCGAAUUUUGUUCGAAAAAAGCUCGAAUUUACUUCGGGGGGAGCAGCCCCCUUGCUCGAAGCAAGUCCUUUGCUUUUCACUUUGGCAAUCGCCAACAGCACCCAUUUGGGCGGCCGACCCGCGAGUACUUCCCAAUCCAGUACUCGUCGGUGUCGCGCCCCCAAACCACCGACCAGGCGAGGGCGAGGGAGAGGGUCUCCACCCCCAGCAAGAUGGCAACCACCAGCCAUCGAGCUGCGGCGGAGGCCCUCGCCAUCAACCAGUCUGCGGGCCGCCGGGCCUCUCCCCACCUCUACUCCUCAGAGGUGAUGGAGAGGUACCGUGCUCUCCAGGCCGUCCGUCAACUCGGCGGUCGGGGCACGGAUACCGAGCUCGCGGACAUGGCGGCCACCGUCCGGGACCAAACCCCCCUCCCAAGGGGUGCGGUCCGCCGCCAGGCGGUCUUCUACUACGCGGUGAUGGGGGCGACCCUGUUGCUGCCGUUCGUGGGGGCCGUCACCCUCGUCUGGUCGUGGGAUCGGGUGUUGGCGGGCCUCACCGGCGGAGAGUGCACCGGCCUCUCCUUUCACCAAAGACGCAACCUGCGCAUCAUGCUGCUUGUCGGCAUGGCGUUGUGGGUUGCGGCUUUUGUGGGGGGAUUGGUCGCGUUCCUCUCUCUGCGCGGUUGAGCGCCGAAGUGUGUCCGGGUUUUUUUCUUUCGUUUUUUUUGUACGAGUAUAUCACGACACCACGAGAAGUGGGGGGUCCCUGCCUACGGGCAUACCCAGUCACGCCGACGUUUUUUGCGGUUCUGAUUUUGGGGGGACGCGCGAGAAAGGAGGGACG